CGCCCUUGGGCCUGGUCUAGCCUGCUGCUUGUCACUGGCCUGGUCUAGCCUGCUGCUUGUCACUGGCCUGGUCUAGCCUGCUGCUUGUCACUGGCCUGGUCUAGCCUGCUGCUUGUCACUGGCCUGGUCUAGCCUGCUGCUUGUCACUGGUCUGGUCUAGCCUGCUGCUUGUCACUGGCCUGAUCUAGCCUGCUGCUUCUCACUGGCCUGGUCUAGCCUGCUGCUUGUCACUGGCCUGGUCUAGCCUCCUGCUUGUCACUGGCCUGGUCUAGCCUGCUGCUUGUCACUGGCCUGGUCUAGCCUGCUGCUUGUCACUGGCCUGGUCUAGCCUGCUGCUUGUCACUGGCCUGGUCUAGCCUGCUGCUUGUCACUGGCCUGGUCUAGCCUACACGACCACAUGGCCGUAUACACCUCUGCUAGCCUACGAGGCUAGCCUAGGCUAGCGUCCUACCUUGCGUAAACUUAGCCUUACCAAACAUUACCUUAAUCUUGCCAAAACUGACUUGUCUACAAAAGAUAUUUCAUGGAAAGGCUAAAACGGAAAUGACCACACAUGUAAUUUAGAUGCUACAAUUUGUUUGAUUGUAUCCAUAACUGUUAUAUUCAUGGUGCUGUGGUUAGUAAAUUCCCAGUAAGCCUAUUUAUUCUAUCCUCUUCAUGUUAAAGUCAAGAUAUGUCUUAUAAAUGAGAGGUGAGCCCAUGUUGAAUAGUUUGAGAAGAUACAAAUUCUGGUGCUCAUUCACCCAUUGGUAUUAACAUCAAGCCUGGCUAAAAGGAACUCAUGUUGAAUCGAUUCAAGACUGCCCUUUAUAAUGUGGUUGGGAGCUUUGAUCCAGGUGAUGGCACCCUUGGGGGUCUGGGGCCUGGAGUAACUAAUACCCUACCAUCGGCUGCUGGGGUUGUGAGGACUGGAGUUUCUAAUAACACCAUAAAAGAAAAGAGCCUACGAUUUCCAUACACACGACCCCACUUCUUGCAGCUUGGCUCUGAAGAUGAGGUGCAAGUGACUGCUGAUCAUUCCAUCAGACCAAUUAUUUGUCCUCGUGACAUAUCCAGGUUACCAUGGAAAAGUGGAUAUGCUGAAACUAUCAAUGCAGGAAAGUCGAAACGAAAUGAGGACCAAGCCAUUGUGCAUGUUGGUCUUCUUACACGUCCUAUUAGGACAGGAGUACUCAAUUCCAAGACAUCUGCAGCCUUUAAAGAGAAAAAGUCUAAUGACAAAUCCGAGUUGGUAAUAAAUGGUUAUGGAAGUGCAGAACAGUUACACACAGAAGUACAGGAACAUACUGUUGUGUUAUCACCUCAGGUAUCAGCUCUGUCUGCUAGUCCUGCUACAGAAUUAAAAGAAGAUUAUAACCAUUCCACUAGCAGCUUGAAAAAUGAUAGUAGUAGCAAGGGACCUGCUAGAAUUGUCCUUGAACAAAGUAAUACAAUUCAUCAUCCAUUAGAAGAUAAACCUAGUCAGUCAUCCAAGUUAUCAUCGAGUCAACCGUCCACAGUGAAGCAGCCUUUAGCUUCAUCAGUAUCCCUUCCUUAUUACCUCUUUGGUGUGUUUGAUGGGCAUGCAGGCUGGGGAGCAGCUGUGGCAGCAGCAAAUCAACUUCAUCACAUUAUACAUGAAAAAUUGUGUGAUGUGAUCGAUAUUCUCAUCCAUGACCCAUAUGAAGACACCAGUUCCAAGAUACAGGCGCCUUUAUGGGCCCCUGAGAAAGAAGUAACUGUGGAAACUGCAGUAAUAGGAGCUCUAGAAAAUGCCUUUUGGCAAAUGGAUCAGGUUAUUGGAGAGGACAAGCUUAAGUAUGAGUUAUUAGGUGGUUGUACUGCUUGUGUGGCUGUCUUUAUUCAUGGUAAACUGUUCAUAGCCAACGCUGGAGACUCCAGAGGUGUCAUCUCUAUUAAUGGUCAGGCACAUCCGAUGUCAUUUGACUUCACCCCUGAGACAGAAACACAGCGCAUUAGGAAACUGGGAGCUACACAUCCUGAGCUUCUUGGUGGCGAGUUUACCCACUUAGACUUCAUACGGCGACCACUGAGGCGUGAUCUAGGUAAACGAGUCCUGUAUCGUGACCACUACAUGAGUGGAUGGGCUUACAAGACUCUGACACAAGAUGAUCUGAAGUACCCAUUGGUCUGUGGUGAGGGCAAGCGGAGUCGAGUGCUAGCCACUAUUGGAGUGACCAGAGGGUUUGGGGACCAUGACCUGAAGGCUCAGUGUUCCUCUGUACCCAUCAAACCAUUCCUUACUCCUGAACCUGAGGUGAGAAUAUUUGAUUUGGCAUCAGCAGAGCUGACUGAUGGAGACGUGUUGAUUCUGGCUACUGAUGGUCUUUGGGACAUCACAUCUAAUGAAAAGGCAGUAUCAGUGGUGGCUAAGUCACUCCUGCAUUUCCCUGCUCAAGAACAUGAUAAAUACAAAUACAGAUACACAAGUGCAGCUCAAGACCUCGUAAUGGGCUCUCGAGGAAAGCUUCGAGAGCGAAAUUGGCGUACGAGUAAUGAUAAACAUGCGACUAUAGAUGAUAUUUCUGUUUUUGUCAUUCCUCUCAAGCCCUACAAAGAUGAGUACCAGGAUUGGACUUCAAAACAAGAAGCAAAUGUUGGUGAUAAUUUGAAAUCUUCCACAAGAUCCAUCAACACUGCAGAAAUAAAAUGUGAUGCAAGUGAUCUAAAAGUGAAUGUAGUUGCCUUAGACAAAAAUUCAGUUGAAGAGGGAAGGCCUUUCCCCUCCAUCAUUCCAAAUACUAGUGAAUCUGUGAAUCAUGAGAAAGUCGUACUUGAAUUCAAACCACAAGAAGAUUAUUUCAAAGAUGAGGUUAACCAGGAAGCACAAGCAGAAAGAAAAUUAGAUGCUACUUAGAGGAUCUGUUGGUUACUGUUGAUCUGUAAUGUUAGUUAGGACAGUCUUACUAGUCUUUGUAUAUUACUCUGCAGGGUUUAACUCUUUAGAUGAUGGUGAUGCCCAAGGAGUUCACGUCUCAUGUGAUUUAGCAAUGAUACACAACAAUAUUUACACAUUUGUUAUUGGCUUUUUCAGGAGGUCAAAAGUGUCUUCAUUUUUGCAGAGCACAUUCUUUUACCAAAGCAUUGUUGUAUUAUUUUAAAUAUUUAUUUUGAAGUGUGUGAUGGUUAAGCUUGGAGAAGUUUGUUUGAGUUAGGAUUUACAUUAAAGAAAGGGGGAUUGGCUUUAUGUAUACUGUACAGUACUCUAUAAAUGUUUAAGGAAAGGCAACUGAGGAAAAGUUUUCAGAACAAUAACAGUAUCAUUAAUACUAAAUGGGAACUAUAUCUAGCAUUAUAAAUGUAUAUGUUAAGGGAACUCUAAUGAAUGAAAAACAUGGUAGACUCUGUAUAUGCAUUGGUGGAAUAUGAUGUGAGCAAUGUUAUAUUUUAUAUUGGGUAAAAGAUUAAAGUAAAAAAUUGUAAAAGCAUUAAAAUAAUAUGAAUUUGAGGUGAUGUUAAUAUUAAAUUUCAGAAUUGCUUAAUUUUAAUGUGGGAUGUUAAAAGUACAAAUAAAACAUGCAUUAAAUUUCAAGUUAUGGGCCACAUCAAUAAAAUAGAUUAGUGAUUAACAGCAUUAGAUGUUGAUUGAGGAGUACUGUACUCAAAGUACAGAACAUAAUUUUAACAUUCCUUAAGCUUUGGAAAUGUUUCAAUUUAGAAACCCUAAAGCAUUCAAGUAUAUAUUUAUUCUUAAGGCUUGUUUGGUAAAAUUAAGCAUUAUAGCAUUUUUUUCCAUAGGUAACAUGGUUAGGAGCUCAAUCAUCCUAAAUAUCUGAAGUAUUUCUUAUGAACACAACAUCUUGUUUUAUUAAAAAUUUCACUAACCAUACUCAGUCCUGGGAAUAUGCCUCCCAAAUUGGGGUUAGCAAAUCGGUGAGAUUAUGUCAAGUACUGUGUAUCAUAUCAUUCAUAUAUUUGAAUGAGUUUGGGAGGAUAUAAAUAGGAGCUGCCAUGCAUGGGCCAAUAGGCCUUCUGCAGUUUCCCUGAUUUUUAUGUUCUUAUAUCAUGUAUUUUAUAAUUAAAACAAAAUCUGGA